AUGACAACCAAAGACCUGGUACCGGCACCUAGUGGCCCGGCUGUUGCUGAUGUCACUGUCGACCAAAAGGCCAAAGAAUGGGCUCGGGAGAAGCUGUCACAGAUGACCUUGGAGGAGAAGGUAUCACUUCUCACGGGCCAGGACAUGUGGCGCACAAACGCCGUCCAACGUCUUGGUAUCUCCCGGAUCAAGACCUCAGACGGUCCCGUGGGUGUCCGCGGCGGUAUCUUCACAGACGGCGUCAAGGCUGCCUCCGCGCCAACAGGAAAUGUCAUGAAGGAAGUCUGUGAAGUUCUCAUAUCUGAAGCCAGGAGCAAGGAGGUAGAUGUCCUCCUUGGACCAACUGUCUGCCUCCCUAGGACACCGUUGGGAGGAAGGAACUUCGAGGCUUAUAGCGAAGACCCAUUCUUGACAGGCAAGCUCGCUGCCACGUUCAUCAAUGAGUUGCAGAAGGCUGGCAUUGGUGCAUGCAUCAAGCACUACGCUGCAAACGACCAGGAGAACCGCCGAUUCUUCAUCGACGAGAAGAUCCCGGACAGGGCUCUCCGCGAGAUCGCUCUGCAGCCGUUCCAGAUCGCUAUCCGAGAGAGCAAUCCUUGGACUUUGAUGACGGCCUACAACAGAAUCAACGGCAUCUACUGCUCGGCCCACGAGUUCCUCAUUCAGAAAGUGCUUCGUGGAGAGUGGCAAUGGGAUGGUCUGACUAUGAGCGACUGGUUCGGUACCAACGCUAUUGUCCCCUCGCUGACAGCUGGACUGGAUCUUGAAAUGCCGGGACCUGUGAGAAGGAGAGGCGAGCAUCUAAUCGAUGCUCAUAACAAGAGCCUCGUGGACACAUCGUUCAUCGAUGCGUCGGCAUCCCGAGUUCUCGAGCUCCUCCACAAGGUCGGCAAGAGUGACAAACCAGACUGGCAAGAAGGCCCCGAGGCUGCGGAAGAUCUCCCCGAGCAUCGCCAGAUCCUGCGGCGGGCGGGUGCCGAGGGCAUCGUCCUGCUCAAGAACUCUGGCAACCUCCUCCCCCUGGGCACACUCGAUGGCAAGACGAUCGCCGUCGUCGGCCCCAACGCCGCUCGGUCCGUGGCCACCGGCGGCGGCAGCUCCAACCUGGAGCCACACUACCGCACCACGCCCUACGACUCGAUCAAGGCCGAGGUGGCCAAGAAGUUCCCGGCUGCCAAGGUACAGACGCACCGGGGCAUCCUCACUCACAGGUACUUGCCUCUCGUCAGCCCCAACGUCAUGAAGAACCCGGAGACGGGGAAGAGCGGUUUCGUCCUGUCGUUCUGGAGGAACCUGGAGCACAAGGGCGAGCCCUUCCAAGUCGAGAACCGGCCUAGCUCCAACUUGGUCUGCUACGACACCCUGCCUCCCGAGCUGACCACCGGGGAGCGGUACUCCUACCGCGGCAGAACCACGAUUACUCCAAAGACGACUGGCGUCCAUCAGUUCUCCCUGUCGUCGUGCGGCCCCGGCAAGCUCAUCCUGGACGGCAAUGUCAUCGUCGACAUCGACAGGCACUGGUGGUCCCCCAAGUCCGCCCUGUUCAUGAGCUACGGCUCCCCGGAGGAGCGGGUGGACGUGCGCAUGGAGGCCGGCAGGCAGUACGAGCUCGUCCUCGAGUCCGUCAGCCGCGAGCCCAAGCCGUACGACCUCGACUACAUGGCCAUGCUGGAGCGCGAGGAGGUGCAGGACGGAGGCCGCAUCGGCUUCCUCGAGAACCCCGGCGACCUCGACGGGUACAUGCAGGAGGCCGUCGACAUGGCCCGCGCCAGCGACGUCGCCAUCGUGGUCGUCGGCAAGGACCACGAGUGGGAGACCGAGACGAGCGACAUGGUGUCGAUGGACCUGCCCGGGCGCUCCAACGAGCUCGUCGCGGCCGUGGCCGAGGCGAACCCCAACACCGUCGUCGUGAACCAGACCGGCAGCCCCAUCACCAUGCCCUGGCUGGACCGAGUCCCCGCGGUGGUCCAGGCCUGGUACCAGGGGCAGGAGCAAGGCAACUGCCUGGCCGACGUGCUCCUGGGCGCCGUCAACCCCUCCGGGAAGCUGCCCAUCACCUUCCCCAGGCGGAUCGAGGACACGCCGGCGUACGUCAACUACCCGGGCGAGCACGACGUCACCUACUACGGCGAGGGCAUCUAUGCCGGUUACCGCUACUACGACUUCAAGAAGGUCGACCCUCUGUUCCCCUUCGGCGCGGGUCUGUCGUACACUACGUUCGAGUACAGCAAUAUCAGGCUGAACAAGGACAUCCUGGCGCCGGACGGAGAGAUCGAGGUCGCGGUCGACGUCACAAACACUGGCUCGCGAGACGGCAAGGAGAUUGUGCAGUUCUACGUCACGCACAUCAAUCCCAGGCUUGGUCGGCCGCCGCAGGAGUUAAAGGGGUGGGACAAGGUAUCUGUCCCUGCGGGCCAGACUGUCACGGCACGUGCUGUGCUCGACAAGGUCAGUGUUUCGUAUUGGGACGACAGUGUCGACAAGUGGGUGAUGGAAGGCAACGCCGAGUUGUACGUCACCGCAGCCAAGGACUCUCGGGACCAGGGGUUGUCAGCAAGUUUCCGCACCUCUGCCAAAGACUUCCAAUGGGUCAACUAG